ACCAAGGCAUGAAGAUUUCAUCCAGUGAACAAAAUUUACGCGAACAAAAUGCACCAAUAAAUCGCGGGCAACCUUCACAACAAAGUAUAAGAAAACGUUUGCAUAAACAAAUGAGUGAACAAGAAGUUAUAUUAAGUGACCAGCAACAUGGAUUGAAUAAAAGUUCAAGUGAGCAUAAUAUAAAUGAGCAGUUAUUGAUCAGUAAACGCGAACCAGGAGCUGGUGAUCAUCAGCAUAGCAAUAUUUACAAAAGCCUGCAGAGUGUCAACAACUGCAUAGAGUUGACUCAUAGUGUGGCUAUCAGAAGAUGCGAAAAUUGUUUGGCUGAAUAUAUGCAUAAAACUUUGGUAGAUGAAGAACAAGAAAAUCUAAAAAAUGCAGGUGGUUCUGAAAAGAGUAGUACCACAGAUGAAAAGAACGAUAAAGUCAAUGAUAAUGGUAAUUCUCAUCAAAAAGUAUUUGAAUACUGUGGAAAUUUCCUAGCAAAACGAAACUCCACUGAUCUUUUUCAAGACAAUUGUGAAGAUAUCACUAGUUAUUUGAAGCAUUACUAUCAACCUAAAUCCCACCAGGACCACACGACUUCAUUAUGCUGCACUUUGAAACACAAUUCAGUUGAUGAUCAUCCCAACAAGGAAGAUCCAGAUAAUCAUUUUAAAUCCCAACAAAUAACGAUCAAAAAUACUACGACAUUUUCGCAGCAUUUAGAAAACCGGUUAAACAAACUUCAAGAUAUGUUCGGAAUGGAACCGGUUGCACAAUUUUGUCGAUAUAUUUGUUGCACAGAAUUCGGUUUAACAGAGAGCGAAUGUCUGGAGCUCCUGGUGCCGAUUGAGAAAGAUGAUUCAAUUCAUGAUGAGCCGAUUGGAUGCCGAUUUGAAGAAAAAGGAGAGUUUAAUUUCAGGACUUUUCGUGCUGUUAAGGAAGCUUUUGGCGAAUUGAUUUUGGACAAAUACUUGACUGGUAAAAUUGUACUCCAAUGGCGACAUCAGCAGAUGGGCGUGAUAGUAAGACGAAAAUUUUUAACAAGGGAUGUUCAGAAACAAACUCAUAUUCAGGUCGCCAAUUUAUUUUUGAAUGAAGAUGAACCAGAAGCUUUAGAUGAGGCAGAUGAUAGUUCUCAAGAUAAUCCGGCAACCACGACAACUUACAAUCUCCGACAUGUGGAGGAAUAUUGGACUCAACUUCUUCGAGCUGGUUCACUGGAUCGCCUGAAGAAAACUUGUUGUUGUAACUUCGAUUUUCUUUUAGCAUCGGUUCAAAUGGUGUCUAUCAGUUACUUACGGUGUUUGUUGGAAGAAAUUCGAGAUUUUAUUUUAGAUCGGGAUAUCGAAAUCGUGUAUUACAUUAUUCAAAAAUCUUCUGAUACAUUAACAAGAGAUCCAACACAGUUGGCAGCUCAGAUGAUAAGUUGGCUGAAACGUAUCACAGACAUUGAAGAUCCACUUAUUGCUGCAUCCAAGGAUAUUCUAGGAUUACCUUCAUCGGCAGUUUCUAAUAAUCAGUUGAAUUCUCCAAAUACUCCAAAAGAUGUUUCCAAAGGGUCAGAAGGCGACGCAAAGAACAAUGUUCUGAAUCAGUUGAUGACGUCUUCGAUGGCUUGGAGUGAUGGUUUUACAUCGCCUCUGCUCGUCCCUUUGAACUCUUGGUUGCCUCCGCCGAUUUCUGAACAUAUAAAACAUAUGACUGUCCGCCAAAGUGUGAAUCUGCUGCGAAUUACUCCUGGUUCUCAACACUUGGUCGUGGCCUGCGCCAAUAAAUCUCACCUGGAAUUAUAUCACAUAAUGAGCAACAGACUGGUUCAUGUUUUUACAGGUCACAGUGGUCCUGUAACUUGCAUGGAUAUAACCAAGGGUUCUCAAUAUUUAUUGACUGGUUCUGAAGAUACAACUGUUAUAAUUUGGGAUCUCAAAGAACUGAGAUUGCGGUUUCGUAUUUUUGAGCACAUAGCGCCAAUUUUAAGCGUUUGCUGCGCCUUCGAUUCGGAAGUAAUAAGUGCAGGCGACGACUCCAGUAUUAUUGUGACGUCACUUGUCGAUGGAACCACCAUUACCAAGAUAGAUCAUCAUAGAGGUCCUGUGACAGCACUGGUUGUGGAUAAGGAGCAGGAUAUAUUAUUGUCAUCUAGUCAGGACACGACAAUAUGCAUCUGGGCUUUGACUGAUUUUGAAUUGCUCAAUUGUAUUAAAAUGCAGGAUAGCGUUUUAUCACUGGACAUCAGCGGAGAUAAUGUAUUUUUGCUGGCACACUGUAAAGAUAAUGGUCUUUAUGUGAGAUCGUUGGUAACAGGAACAGAGCUGCAUAAAUUGGAGGAUGCGCAUUCAGAGAUCCAAUGCAUCUCUAUUGCCAAUGACAACAGACGCGCCGUUGUCGGUUGCGCAGACGGAUCAGUCCUGGUAUAUGAAUUGCAUUCUGGAAAAUUGCUCAAAAUGUACAGAAAUAAAAAGAAUUACUUCAAAAGUUAUAUUCACAAAAGCCAUCAAGUCAUUGAUACAAGUAUAUAUGUUGAGGAUAGAUUAAAAGACACUGCGUAUUUGCAUAUGAAACUACAUGAUAAUAAAGAUCUCGAUAGUAAGACAUAUACGAGCAUAUGCAUAUGCGAGAGCGAUGAUUUUUUAAUUGUUGGAGUUGGAGAUCAAGUAGAAGUAUAUUCCUUUAGAGAUGAAGGCGAAACAAAUAUAAAUUCUCAGUGUUUCACAAAGAAUCUCAAGAAGUCAAUGAGACACAGAAGACCUAGAAUUCCGAAUACUUCAUCAUCUACAAGUGACGUCACCUGUAUAAGUGACGUGACACGAGAUGAUCAAUUCUUUGCAGAGGGCGACUCCAAUGGUGACGUUACAGUCUGGUCUUUAGUCACUUCCUCGGUUAACAAUGUGUUUUCAUAUUCAGUUGACAACGGAAAAACUUCAGGAACUGGUAAAUCAUCAUCAAGUUCUGAUAAGACAAUUAGCGCCGAAAAAGACAAAUUCGCUAUCGGCAAAUCGUUGUCAGGUUCCUCUGAUAAAUUCGUGACCAGUCUCAGUAGCUCUCAUGGUGGUGGUGAUUCUUGUGUAACCUGCGUCACAGUGUCGCCUGAUGUCACAUUUGUUACGGCUGGUUUCCUGAACGGUGACAUCAUCAGUUGGAAGAUAACGGAUUCAUCGCGGAUAAGCAUAUUCAGGGGUCACAAAGCACCAAUAUCCUGCGUCAGAGUACUCUGGGACAACAAAAGGAUAAUUUCUGGCGGCGGCAAAGGUGAAGAAUUGGUAAUUUUGUGGUGGGUGGAUUCAGCAACUCCUAUCAGAGUGUACAAUGCACCAUCUGAACUUGUAGAUGUCACCAAAAUAUGCGAUAUAUUCUCAGUCUUUCUCAAAGUGGGCGAUAUCGCCCCCUGGUGGGCGAUAUUGAUCUCCAGGGGGGCGAUGAAAGGCCUCGCUAAAAUGUUGGUUGUUGACGUUGGGUUAGGGAGCAUUUGUAAUUUAUUUUUACAUUUUAAAGUUCACCAGAAAUUUGUAUCCCAACGAUUAAUGUCUUGGAAACCCAAUCAAAUAAAAAAUAAUCAGACAUUAAAUGAUUUUCAUUCACCUUGUAUAUCUGAUGCUUUUGUCUGUGAUGGAAAAUCAGAUUGCCCCAAUCAAGAAGAUGAGUCAAGUGAUCUUUGUGGACAAGAUGCCUGUAAACUACGUUGUAGUGAUAACAGAUGCAUCCAAGACAUUGUGUGGUGUGAAGCAAAAAUACCUCAUGAUUGUUGCCGAAAUAAAAAUAAUAGUAAUGGAGAUUUUGAUAAGAGAUUCAGAUUUGUAAAUGAUUAUGGAGAACAUGUCUUUGAAGGGAGUUAUCUUAGAACAAGAGAUUCAAAAUCUGGAGUUGAUUUUUUACAUAUUACCAUAUAUACUAUCAUAGCUUGUGCUAUAGCAUUAACCAUAAUUGUCCUGGUACUUGUUACAAUGCUCUGCAAGACAUAUAUAUCCAAUAGACAACAUUUUGAGCAAGAGAAUUGCCAGUCCAAUAAUUAUCGAUAUUCUACCUAUCAGGAUAUGAAUCGGUUUAGGCAGCCGAUGUAUCGAAAUGGAAAUUAUCAAUAUCCAGCAGUUGACAAUCACAGAAUGUUUUCUGCUCCAAGAUCUGCUGAAAAUGAGCAAAUUAGAGAAAAUUGUUCUAUAAGAAAUUUAAUCACUAGGUGGUUAGGGAUAAUACGAGGGAAUGAAGCAGAACAAGAUGAUGAGGAAAUGUCCAGGAGAAUGAAUCUUAUGAAUGAAGAUAACGCGAAUGCGUGCUGCUAGGAUGCGGUUCUCAAUCCGUGAGGCCGCUGCAAGACUGACAUAGGCGAUAAAGAUAACUA